AUGCUGAAGAAGAUGAUAUUUACCGGGAUGAUUCAUGAUGCUUAUGGAUAUGCGAAUACACCUGAUGCAAAUAAUCUUCCACACCACAAUGAAGAACCAAAUUUGCAAGCACAAAAGUUCUACAAAUUACUUGAAGAUGCUGAGACAGAACUUUAUCUUGGUUGUAAAAAUGUGUCCAAGUUGUCUUUUGUGGUUAGACUACUUCACUUAAAGUGCCUUAAUCAUUGGACGAACAAAUCAAUGGAUGACUUGUUGAGUUUCUUUAAAGAAGUUCUUCCGGUGGAGUCAUUUGUUCCAAAUUCUUUCUAUGAAGCAAAGAAAAUGGAAGUCAAAAGAGAAUGGAGGCAAGAAAGUAGCUAUAAAGUCAUGCGACAUUUUCCUAUCAAACCAAGACUGCAGAGAUUAUACAUGGCAAGAGAGACAGCAAAAAAGAUGAGGUGGCAUAAAGAGGAACGUGUUGAUGAUGGUAUCUUGCGACAUCCGUCUGAUGCAAUGGCAUGGAAAUCUUUUGACGAGAAACAUCCCAGCUUUUCUGCUGAAUUAAGAAAUGUUCGAUUAGGUUUAGCAUGCGAUGGGUUCCAGCCUUAUGGGAACAUGAGUUCCAACAAUAGCAUAUGGCUAGUCGUACUAGUUCCGUACAAUUUACCCUCCUGGGAUUGCAUGAAGAGUGAGUAUUUCAUGAUGACACUUCUUAUUCCAGGUCCUAAGUGUCCAGGCAAUGAUAUAGAUGUAUAUUUACAACCGAUGAUUGAAGAAUUAAGAGAAUUAUGGGAAGGAGCAGAAACUUAUGAUGCACACUCAAAAUCUAACUUUAUGAUGUGUGCGGCUAUUAUGUGGACAAUCAAUGACUUUCCUGCAUAUGGGAACCUUUCAGGAUGGUCAACCAAGGGCAAAUUUGCAUGCCCUUGUUGCCACAAAGAUACACAAUCGAUUUCAUUACGUAGUAAAUUGUGUUAUAUGGGGCAUCGUCGCUUACUUCCAUUAGACCAUCCAUGGCGCAAAAACAGGAGGUUAUUUGAUGGGAAAGUGGAAAAGGGAGUUGCACCUAAUCCUUUAACAGGUGAUGAUGUACUUAUGCAACUACAAGGGUUGGGUAAUGUGACUUUCGGUAAAGGGCAAAAGCGAAAGCGUAAUGCCCCUAAUAAUGCUUACAAUUCGAAGAAGAAAAGUAUUUUUUUCGAAUUGCCAUAUUGGAAGACACUUUUGUUACGACAUAACCUUGAUGUGAUGCACAUAGAAAAAAAUGUGUCCCAUAACAUUUUAUCAAUUGUGAUGAAUGUGGAUGGGAAGACAAAGGACACGUUAAAAAUUAGGUAUGAUUUGGUGGACCUUGGUAUUAGGCAAGGUUCGCAUCCAAUUCAGGAUGGGAACAAUGUGUUGUUACCAGCAGCAUGCUACGCAUUAUCCUCAGAAGAGAAGCUGAAAGUGUGUAAUUUCUUAGCUAAUUUGAAGGUUCCUGAUGCCUUUUAA